CUCCUCCGGCUCGUCGGCUACGUCGCGGGCGACUGGCCCGGCACCGUCGCGGGCGCCUACGACGCGCUGCUCGCGGCCCUGCCCGACGACGCCGCGGCGAAGCUGCUCCUCUGUUCCAUCUGGGUCUCGGGCGGCGCCCUGUUCCCCGCGGAGCUCGUCGACGUCGUCGGCGAGAAGCCCGCGAAGGCGCUCGCGGCCGCGCUCCGCGGCGCCGCGCUCCGCGAGGCGGCGCCCGUCGUGCGCUUCGUCCACCAGCAGGCGCGCGACGCCGUCGAGCGGCGCUGGCUCGGGAAGAAGGGCGCGAAGCGCGACGCGCACGCCGUGCUCUUCCGCUACUUCGCCGCGCGCUACGACGGCGGCGACGCGGGCGCGCAGGUCCUCUCGCGGCUGCCGGCGCACGCCGUCGGCGCCGGCGACGCCGCCGCCGCGAAGAGGUACCUCUGCGCCGUGGCCUACGGCGAGCGCAAGUGCGCGGCGGGCCUCGCCGGCGACCUCGCGCGCGACUACGAGGCCGCGGCGCGCGCGUUUCCAAAGGAGCGCGCGUUCCGCGACUUCGCGGAGACGGCGCGGGCCAACGCGCACGUCCUGGGCCCGGACCGCUGGGUCGCGGGCCUCUGGGCGCAGCAGGCGCGGAACGCGCGACGCACGUCCGAGGUGCGCGCCGCCGCGCCCGACGCCGGCGGCCUCUUCCUCUGGCGGAACGGCGACGAGAAGCCGCCGCCCUGCGUCGCGACGUUCGCGAACCCCGCGUGCGACUUCUGGGCCGCGUCCGCGUCCCGGAGCGGGACGCGCGUCGCCUGCGGCGGCUCGGACCGCAAGGUCCACGUCCUCGACGGCGACGGCAACGAGCGCGCGCUGCUCGCGGGCCACGGCGACGACGUCUCGCUCGUCGCGUUCUCGCCGUCGCGCGAGCACCACCUCCUGAGCGUCGCGCGCCGGGGCGACGGCGGCUCCGACGCGUUCCUCUUCGACGUGGACACGGCCGAGAAGCUCGCGGCCUACGACGUGCCCGAGGGCUUCGUGUGCGACGCGCGCUGGGCGCCCGACGGCGAAAGGUUCGCGCUCGCGCUCGGCGCCGCGUCCGUCGUCUUCGCGGGCGACGGGUCGUCGAACGCGCGCCUGGCGACCGUCGACGGCGGCGCGGCCGCCGUCUGCUUCUCCGCGGACGGCGCGUCGCUGCUGGCCGCGCGGGGGACGGCGCUCGCGGCGUGUCCGAUCGGCGCGUCGGCGGCGCCGUCGGCCUUCGCCGCGGCCCACGACGAGAAGAUCAACGCCGUCGACGCCGUCGAGGCCUGCGUCGCGACGGCCGGCGACGACGGCAGGGUCGCGCUCUACGACGCGACGACGGGGACCGUCGCCCGCGUCGUCGCGGCGCACGGCGACGUCGCCAAGGUCGUGCGGCUCUUUCGCUUCCAGGACGAGCUCUGGGCGCUGUCGGGCUCCGAGGACCGGACCGCGCGGUUGAUCUGCGCGAAGACGGGCGCGUCGCACGCGCUCCGGGGCCACAGCGCGGCCGUGUCCGCCGUCGCGCCCUUCGGCGGCUUUUGCGCGACGGCGGGCGACGACGGCACAGGCGAGCGGCACGAGGGCGUCGUCGACGACGCGGCGGCGGCCUGGGGCGAGGCCCUGGCGGCCGAGCGCGACGGCUCGCCGGAGGACGACGGCCCGGGGGGGCCCAAGCCCCACAUCUACAGCCUCUCGCGGGCUAACGACGCGGACAAGCUCGUGGACCACGUGAAACAGCGGCUGAAACGCGAGGAGAAGGACCUCGCGUCGCUGCAGGAGGGCGACGGCGACUUCCGCAUGAAAGCGGACCGCGUCGCCAUGCUCCAGCGGUUCGUCGCCAUCUUCCAGUACAAGGGCGCCGACCCCCCCGACCAGCUCUUCCCCUUCCCCGUCGUCCCGGAGGGCGCCGUCGACGAGGCGUACAUCGUCGCGCUCCCCACGGUCGUCGAGGACGGCUAG